AUGCCGCCGCCGGAGGGCGGGCUGGGCGUGUCGGAGUUCUCGCUCCCGGAGGACGUCCUGGCGGUGCUGCCGCGGGACCCCUACGAGCAGCUGGAUCUGGCGCGCCGCAUCACGGCGCUGGCCGUCGCCGGCCGGGUCACGGCGCUCGAGCGCGAGGCGGCGCGCCUCCGGGACGGCGCCGCGGACAAGGACCGCGAGAACGCCGAGCUGCGGGAGCGCGUCGCGCUGCUCGACCGCGCGCUGCAGGAGACCAACGCCAGGCUCCGCGCCGCGCUCGAGGACAAUAUUAAGCUCAGCAAGGAGCGGGACUCGCUGGCGCAGACGUCCAAGAAGCAGGCGCGCGACCUGCAGAAGCUGGAGUCAUUCAAGAGGCAUCUGAUGCAGUCGCUCCGUGAUGAUAGUUCAUCGCCACAAGAAACAGUCGACAUUACAACAUGUGAUCUGUCAGUAUCAUCCAAAACAUCGUCCUGUGGAGAUGGAACUAUCAGCCACUCUACAACAAAUGUAUUGAAUGGUUCUGUGGAUGUUGGGAGCACAACCAGAGAAGCAGCAAGGCCUCCAGUCCAAAAGUACGCCCUCUCCCCGCACAUCAACCAACGCCUUACUCCAGAAGCCACCCCUAAUUUAAUGUCUACCACUGCUUCACCAAGAGGAAUGUCUACCACAGCAACACCAAAGCUGAUGUCUGGAGCUACCUCACCCUCAAGAACUCGAAUGGAGGGACACAUGUCAAUGACACCAUGGUAUUCAAGCAAGCAGUCAACUGCAGCAAACUCACCUCCAAGGGGACGCCCCAACCCAGGUCGCACUCCUCGUAUUGAUGGAAAAGAAUUCUUCCGUCAGGCCAGGAGCCGUCUAUCAUAUGAACAAUUUGGAGCGUUUUUAGCCAACAUCAAAGAGCUCAAUGCUCAUAAGCAGUCACGAGAGGAAACUCUCAAGAAGGCUGAAGAGAUAUUUGGUCCAGAGAGCAAGGACUUGUACCUGUCUUUUCUAGGCUUACUAAACCGUAGCUUGCCGUAGGGCAUAGGGUUCACAUUGUUUUCGCUGAUAAGAUGAAGUUAUUGUGCUGGAUAACUUGUGACAUCUAGAGUUGUAUGCGAUGCCCAACUGCAAUUUUGGGUCAUGAAAUGAAUGGAUCUCUCUGAGCAAGGGGCUGUACUUGGUGAAAUCUGGCAGCAUUUUGUUGCUGAAUUUCGUUUCAGAUCACGCACGGUAGCCAGCAAGCAUUGUAUACUUGCAACAGAAAGAAAAACUUGAACCUAUUUCAAGCCUUGUUGUAACUUCAGAUGCAAUGGUUAUCUGAUAUCUACCUAGGUUUUAAACCGAAGGAGAGCUUUCUUUUGUUCUGUUCUGCAUGAAUUUCAAGCCUUGCUAUAGCUUCAGCUGUAAUGGUUUAUCUGAUCUCCACCUAGGUUCUUAACCGAAAGAGAGUUUUCUUUUCUUUUGUUCUGUUCUGUGUGAAUUGAAUA